AUGUUCGAGAAAAAGUUCAACAUUGAAGUACAAACUUUACAGCCUUUACGUGAGUUUCUUGCACAACUGAAAGAAGAAGGUAGUCAGCCACAACUUAUAGACUUUCAUUAUGAAUUUAAUGAAAAUGAAGAUGGAACUCAUGACUGUCAGUUUGUUAUAUAUUCACCAUUCAAUGAAGUCGCUAAAGAGAAAGAAAAUCCAUUACGUAUAAGAUUUCAAAUCUCUGAACCCAAUGAAGAUUUCAAGAAUGUUUUCAAUUAUGAUGCAAUGCUUCCGAGGAAAAAUGAAUUUUCAAAGAUUGUAACACCUGGCAUUUGGGAUAGAAAGCAAGCUAUAUUAUAUUCAAACUUAAGUAAGGGAGUUGAAAAUGAGUUCAUUGGUCAUACAAGAACUUCACCACUUCCUAACCCUAAAUACUAUAAAUUAACUGGCUUCAAUCGUGAGUUUUGGAUAGACAUGUUCUCCACUCAUGACCAUAACUGCCCAGUGUUCUUACCUCCAGACCAUAAGGACUGUCUCUACAUUGAAGCACAACUCUUAAACUCUACCAUCGCAGUAUUGUAA